AUGCCCAAAUGUUACAAGAGAACCAAUACCAAAAGUUUGGUUGAUCAAUUUUCCACAAUAAAUCCCAAUUUACAAAAACCCUCUGAACCAUAUGAAGAUUCAAUAAUCUCAUCUACAACAAGAUCUCACACGGCGGCAUCAUCACUGGAAGGUUCGUUGAUAAUUGAAAUGCAAGAUAAAGUUUUUACUCGACAAAUUAAUGAAAAAUAUAGAUCAGGGAUACCUGGUCCAUCUACAUUCAGUCAACGAUUGAAUCCAAUUUCUCCAGAUCCAUUCAUACAUCGGAAGAAUCCUCCACUUACUUUAAAAAUAAUUGAUUCAAAUGGUAUAAAUGGAAUUUCAAAGAAGGGUCAAUUUUUGGAAUCAUGUUCACCUGAACCUACACUUAUUGAUUAUUCAAAUUCAUCAUCAUCAUUUACAAAUGUUGGAAAGAACGAGAAGAAUUCAUCUUCAUCAAAAAUUUUUGAUUAUUUAAAAGAAGAAAAGAAUGAAGAAGUUGUUUCAUCCGGAUCCGGAUUAUCUUUACCACCACAACGAAGAAUAUCGAAAAAAAAACCAAAGCUUUCCUUAAAAAAACUUGAAACGGAUAAAGAUAUUAUUAAUAAUGAUGUUAAAAGUCAUAAAGAUAUAUCAAAAAACGAAGAAAUUAUUACCAAAGAAAAAUUAUUAGAAGUGGGAAGAUUAUCUUUAACCCCACGAAGCAGUCUACCAUUAGAUAUGUUAAAUAGACAAAGUGUAAUUGAGAGAAUUGACACGCCAUAUUCCCAUUCUCCUUGGCUUUGUUUAACCAAUAGAAAGCAUUUAUAA